ACCGUAUACUCGGAGUGUUCAUAGUCUGUGAUUCUGCACUAGUGAAUGGAGAUACCGACACCCAAAAUUCACUUUCGUAGAUUGCUCAGUUAAAUAACCCAAAGUGGAUGUAUGGUUAGGGCUGUGGCAUCUGGUCGUGCCGCUGGGUGAGGGAAAGGCCCACGCCGGUGCCACACGACAGCGCUAUGACCAUCGCAAUGAUAGCCAAUCAGGAUCCACAGGAGGGACCGCCAAACACUCCACCACAGGGUGGUGAUGGAGAAGUAUUGGGUGAUGGUGAAGGUGAGGAUUUGGGGGGUGGGGAGCCAGACUUCCCCCUGGCUGCCUUGGCCCGACUGGAUGAGAUGAUUCACAGACAAAGAUGGGUGGUCCCGGUCUUACCCAAGUGUGAGCUAGAACUGUUGCUGGAAGCCUCCAUCGAUCUCUGUACACGUGGUGUAGAUACAAGGAGUGAAGCAUGUCAGAGAUUCUUCAGGGAAGGGCUGACCAUUUCUUUCACCAAAAUCCUCACUGAUGAGGCUGUUAACAGCUGGAAGUUUGAAAUUCAUAGAUGUAUCCUCAAGAACUGUGAGAAGUUAAUAGAAUUAGUUGUUGUAAAACUGCACCAGGACUGGUUUCCUUUACUUGACCUUCUUGCUAUGGUGCUCAGCCCUAAUUCCAAGUUUCAUACCUUUAAUGGAACACGCCCUUCAGAAACAGUACCACAAGGGUCACAGAUCCCCGACUAUGAACUAUAUGCCCGACCACCUGACCCCAGAAAUCCCAGAGGUUGGCUUGUCGACCUUAUCAACCUGUUUGGCAAGCUUGGUGGCUUCCAAAUCCUUUUAGAAAGAUUCCAGUCGGGGAAGAAUCUCUCGGUUCCAGUAAUCUGUGCGCUCCUGCGACCAUUUGGCCUCUGCUUUGAGAUGCUCACCGUACCUACUAUAGAGAAAUACUUCAUGCCUAUUGUAGAGGUAGUUCCAGCCUUUCUAGAAAAUCUUACUGAUGAGGAAUUAAAGAAAGAGGCCAAAAAUGAAGCCAAAAAUGACGCGCUGUCUGCCAUCAUCAAAGCCAUUAAGUGCCUGGUAUCCCGAGUGCCCAGUCAAGAGGAGACCGCCAAAAAUCUUGAGAUUUUUAGACUUAAAAUGAUACUCAGGUUAUUGCAAAUUUCAUCCUUCAAUGGGAAGAUGAAUGCCUUGAAUGAAGUGAAUAAGGUGAUCACCAAUGUGUCCUAUUAUUCCCACCGGCAUGGACCUGUUGAAGAAGAAGAAUGGUUGACUGCAGAGCGCAUGGCGGAGUGGAUCAAGGAGAACCGGGUACUACAGAUUGUGCUUCGAGAUUCCCUCCAUCAACCGCAAUAUGUUGAGAAGUUAGAGAAGAUCAUACGCUUUAUCAUCAAGGAAAAGGCUCUGACAUUGGAGGAUUUAGAUGACAUAUGGGCAGCACAACAUGGAAAGCAUGAAGCCAUUGUCAAAAAUGUACAUGACCUCCUGGCUAAGCUAGCAUGGGAUUUCUCACCUGAGCAGCUUGAUCACUUAUUUGGGUGCUUCCAAACUAGCUGGAGUCAAGCCAGUAAAAAACAGCGAGAGAAACUUCUAGAAUUAAUACGUAGAUUAGCAGAAGAUGACAAAGAUGGGGUCAUGGCACAUAAGGUUUUAACACUGCUGUGGUCAUUAGCUCAUUCAGAUGAUGUACCAACAGAGAUAAUGGAUCAAGCUCUUAAUGCUCAUGUCAAGAUAUUAGAUUACUCAUGCUCACAGGACCGAGAUAUUCAAAAGAAGCACUGGCUAGACAGAUGUGUUGAUGAACUCAAGCACGACAAGUGGGUACUUCCAGCUCUUAAGCAAAUACGAGAAAUAUGUUGCUCCUACAGCGAAGCCCCGCCCAAUUUCUCGCAGCAUCAGCGUCCCACGCCGUAUGUCAGCUACCGUCAUGAUAUCAUCUCCAAACUCCAAAACCAGCAUUCCCUUGUGGUUCUUGUAGCUGACAAUCUUACAACGUAUAUGAAGAAUAUUAGGACGGCUGCGAAAGAAAAUCCUGACUUGAAUCCAGCAGAUAUUGUACCAGACAGGCGGUAUAAUCACAUAUUCCAAGUUCAGGAGCGACUUAGUUUCCUUAGGUUUUUAUUAAAGGAUGGUCAGUUAUGGCUGUGUGCGCCCCAGGCUAAACAAAUUUGGAACUGCUUAGCGGAGAAUGCUGUAUUUACUGUAGAUCGAGAGUCUUGCUUCAAGUGGUUUUCUAAGCUAAUGGGUGAUGAACCAGACCUUGACCCUGAAAUCAAUAAGGAUUUCUUUGAAAACAAUAUCUUACAACUUGAUCCCUCUCUGCUGACUGAGAAUGGCAUGAAAUGUUUUGACCGUUUUUUUAAAGCUGUUAAUUCCAAGGAGGGUAAACUGGUUCUGAAGAGGAGAGUGUAUCUCAUGGAUGAUGAUGACCUUAUAGGUGUAGAUUAUGUUUGGAGAGUUGUAUUAUGUGGGACGGAAGAUAUUGCAUGCCGUGCCAUUGAACUGUUGCGGGAAACAUAUACAAAUCUUGGGCCAAGGCUUCAAGCCAAUCAGGUUAUCAUACAUGAUGACUUUCUCUCUAGCUGUAUGUCACGGCUUAAGGCCAUGUAUGACACUGUAUCAGUGUUAGAUCAGGAUAAGGAUUCUAUUAAUAGAGUUCGGCAAGAAACUACAAGAAUGUGUCGUGUAUUGAAGGUUUUAUUUGAAUAUGUAUCGGAGUGUGACGGAGACUUUGGGGAUGACCGGUCUAUUCUACCUCUUGGAAGAGCAUCAAGAGGGAAGCACUUAUCACUGUUGGUGAGGUUUCCCAUACAGGGCCGACAGCCAGAUGAAAUGGAGAUAUGGACGCACACAAAUGACACAAUGGGCUCGAUAAGGAGACAGGUUCUUCAUCGGUUGAAAUCUUCAGCUCCAAAUGUAAAAGUAGAGCUGUACCUGAAUACAGACCCAAUAGACCCUGUGGAUGAUAAAAAGAUCAUUGCCCACAUGCCUCUUAGAGAUAAAAUGGUACUGACAGCAAAACUUGUCCAGGUGGGAAGCAAUAUGCCAUCAUCCCCAGACAGCUCUUCAGACUCUUCCACAGGCUCACCUCAGCAUCCAUAUGAGGGACCAAAUGUAGAAGCUGAAAAUUGUCUUCCUGGUGUUAUAAUGUCUAGUCAGGCCAAAUAUACACAGUUUCUUCUACAAUUAGCUGACCUUGGCUGCACUCUACAAUUAUCACAGCUAAGAGAUAGUGCAAGGGCACUGCUUAUCAUCAUGCCUGCUGACCAGUAUACAGUGAACAAUCUCCGAAAAAUAUGUAUGGAGCAUGCGAAGAUUGGGGAGCAGAGUAUGUCCCCUUCCCUGGAGAGCAUUGUAUUUUCAUCUUCACCAUCACAGGUUCUCUAUAACCUACAGGUACUGUACUCCCUCCUCAUGCCUGCUCACAACCCGAUGACAGACGCUUUAGAAUUUCAGUACAACUUCAUGAAAAGUGGUGGAGUCAAGCUUAUUAUUGACAUGCUGGCCAAGAACAACUUUCUUUCUAACACUGACAUGCCAACAAAAAGGUCAGCCUUCUUGGUGGUAUUAAAGAUGGCAAAAUUGGCAUUUGUGACGGUAGGAUAUGCCAUCGUCAAUGUAGUUGCUGGUUCGGUCACAUCAAGUGGUACAACAGCCACAAACAGCAAUGGUGGAACAGAAGAAAUGCCACCAACAACAAGUGCCGGUACUUUAACAGCAUCCACUCAAACUCAAGCUCUAGUGCUACAAGAAGCUCUUCACCAUAUUCCGAAUCCAACAUCUGAUUGUAUGGUUCGGAAUGUGGCAUCCCGUCUUGCUCAAUCACUUCACGACCAGGUCACUAUCACGUCAUGCCUCUGGGCUCACUUUGUAACUGGUGUAGUUCCAGACAUGAGUGUCGUUCGAGCUAUUCUUAAGAUAACUUGGGCGUCGGCAGCAGGGCAAGUCCAUCUCAUAACAUCAUCUCUUGAUGAAAUUGAAAAGGCAACUGAGCGACCUCCCACUAAACCUCCAGACCCAGAGGACUUGCAAGUUUGUCGUGAAGGUUUGGAAACACUGUCUGUGGUAUUGGCUCUUUACCCUCCCGCCCUGGAAACUCUAACCAAGGACACACAGUUCCAUAAGCUGGUUAUGGGGUUGGUGCUAGUAGGCGGGGAGCGCAGUAUUCGACAGUGUGCAGUAGAACAGUUACUACUUAUGGCGACAAAGUGUUCCAAUUCCCCGCACACACUUGUGGUCUUCAUUGUCAUGCUCUUCAAUGUUCUCAAUGGCCUUAAUGGCGAAUAUUCCAAGGAGUAUUUCCAGUUGCUGUGUGGAUUGCUGAACUGGGCGUGUGUGUCAAGUGUGGCUGUGACGGGUGUUGAUCGCCUGUUAACGACAGAAGUGGAAUGGCUGAAGAAUGUACGGGCCAGUGUAGCUCAGAUGGCCCAAGGUGGCCCAGAGCCCCCUGUAGAUGACACGCUACUGGAGGGCCAUUUAUGUGUCACACGGGAGCUGGUAGCCUUCCUUCCACCUGAGAAGAAAUUUGAAAUUGGUGGAGACCCUACCAAGUCAAUAUUUCUUAUUAGGGAACUUGUAGAAGACUUUAUAUUCCCAUUUUCUAAGGUGUACCUUCAAUUAGAGCAUGCGGCUGAGAUGCCUGCUGAGCAGGCCAUACCAGUGUGCUCAACUCAACCAACUGUGAUAGCAGCAUAUGAACUCCUAGUCACUCUAUGUACAGGCUGUGUUCCCAACCUCAAACUUCUGGCAGAAAUGCUCACAAAUAUGUAUUAUUCAGAAUGUGACGAAAGCAUUGGAGAAUGGGAAUACCUACCCCCAGUUGGCCCACGACCUAUAAAAGGCUUUGUUGGGUUGAAGAAUGCUGGGGCCACCUGUUAUAUGAACUCUGUCCUUCAGCAGCUCUACAUGAUCAGACAAAUAAGACAUGGUGUACUAGCAGUAGAAGGAGCUGCAACAGAUCCUGAGGAAGACUUCAGUGGAGAGGAGAGAAUGGAACAAGAGACCAAUCUUGAUGGGAAUGAAGAGGAUGCUAUGAACAGCAGUUCUAAUGAGGAGAGCAGAAAAGAGUACCAUAUAGGGAUUCUCAAACAGGUGCAGGCUAUCUUUGCACAUCUGGCCUGUUCCAAGCUUCAGUACUAUGUCCCAAGAGGUCUCUGGAAGCAUUUCAAAUUACAAGGAGAGCCAGUGAACUUGCGGGAACAGCAUGAUGCCUGUGAAUUCUACAAUAUCCUAGUGGAGAGUUUAAAUGAAGCACUCAAAGCUUUAGGACAUGAACAAAUAAUGAAUAAGAUUCUUGGUGGGUCUUAUUCUGACCAGAAGAUCUGCAAAACUUGCCCUCAUAGGUACUCUCGGGAGGAAACUUUCACAGUCAUCAGUAUAGACAUCCGUAACUACAGCAACCUCUAUGAUUCCCUCGAACAGUAUGUGAAGGGUGACCUCUUAGAGGGGGAUAAUGCCUAUCUCUGUGAAAAGUGUGACAAAAAGGUUGAUACAGUUAAGCGGAUCUGCCUGAAGAAGCUUCCACCAAUUAUGGCCAUACAGUUGAAAAGAUUUGAUUAUGACUGGGAAAGAGAAUGCUCAAUUAAAUUCAAUGAUUACUUUGAGUUUCCCCGAGAGUUAGACAUGGACCCGUAUACAGUUGCUGGGUUGGCAAGGAAUGGAGAGCUAAUAGAUUACGACCCAGAGGAUAUGAAGACAGUAGUGUGUAGCAAGUACAAGUUGACUGGCAUUGUAGUCCACAGUGGCCAGGCGAGUGGUGGCCACUAUUAUUCUUAUAUUCUGCACAGGAAUGGAAGUGACCAGCGCUGGUACAAGUUUGAUGACGGGGAGGUAACCGAGUGCAAAAUGGAUGAUGAAGAUGAAAUGAAGAAUCAGUGCUUUGGUGGGGAGUAUAUGGGUGAGCAAGUUUUUGACAACAUAAUGAAGAGAGUCAGUUAUCGACGGCAAAAGCGGUGGUGGAAUGCUUAUCUACUUUUCUACACUCGGCUAGACGUCGAAGAGGAUAAUCUCUGCAACUCCCUUAAUGAACUUAGUUUAGCUGAGCGACCAGGGUUAAUAAAAAUGCCUAGUGCCAUAGAUCGAUCAGUGGUACGACAAAAUGUUAGGUUUAUGCACUCCCGCUCCCAGUUUUCUCCGGAGUACUUUCAGUUCCUCAAGAAACUUAUAAUGACCAAUCAUCCCUUUGUCCUCCAACCUCCACAAGAUAGGGUUGUAGAAAGUGAAGAGAUAGCUAUGAUCAGCACUCAGUUGUGUAGCAAGUUCCUCUUUUCUGUGGGGCUACAUACCAAGAAGACUUUACGGGGUCCAGCACCUGAGUGGUACGAUGCACUGCAGGUUCACUUACGGGCAUCAGUCCAUACACGUGCAUGGUUUGCACAACAUGUAUUGUUUGCUCAGCCGCACCGCUUUAUGGAGUACCUACUAGAAUGCCCUGCGCCAGAAGUACGGAUGGUAUUUAGCAAGCUUAUAGUCCUGGUGGCUCAUUGUGCACGCAAUGAUGCUCCACAGCCAUUAGGAUGGGGACCUUUGAAGCACCAUCCAGGUCUUGAUAUGGCUGGAGGCAGCUGCACUUUGAGUGACCAGCUGCUAGUGGCUGUCCUGCUGCUGCUCAACAAAGAGGUAUCAGAACAUGGCCGACACCUAACACAGUACUUCCAUCUCUUCCAUCUUUAUGCGUCUUUAGGACCUCCAGAGAAGUUGCAACUUCUUAAGCUGAAUGUGGUAGAAAUGUUCAUGUUGGUAGCACUGGAUGAGGGACCAGGCCCAGCCAUUAAGUACCAAUAUGCUGAAUUAGGCCGACUAUACCAAGUUGUUUCUCAGUUAAUUAGGUCAUGUGAUGUUUCCAACAAGCAACAGUCUUCUCAACCAAAUACAGCAUCUCUGCCUAAUCCACAUGGAGAUCCUUCAUGUCCUGAACCGCUAAUGCCUAUCCAGCCAAAAGUAGCGGAGAUCCUUUAUGGUCGAGCAACGUAUGUUAAGAAGAUCAUUGAAGAUGCAAAUACUUCUGAAGACACAGUUAAGCUCCUCAAAUUCUGUUGUUGGGAAAAUCCACUCUUCUCUUCAACCGUGCUCUCGGAACUACUCUGGCAGAUUGCAUAUUCCUACACGUAUGAACUUCGACCCUACCUUGACCUCCUCUUGCACAUGCUCCUCCUUGAUGACUCAUGGCAAAAUCAUCGAAUCCAUAAUGCUCUUAAGGGUAUACCAGAUGACCGAGAAGGCUUGUUUGACACAAUCCAGCGAAGCAAAAACCAUUACCAGAAACGAGCGUAUCAGUGUAUAAAGUGUAUGGUAGCACUAUUUUCAUCUUGUUUAGCUGCUCAGCAGAUGUUGCACUCCAAUGGUGAUUUGAAGCGUAAAUGGACCUGGGCAGUGGAUUGGUUGAAUGAUGAACUAGAUCGUCGCCCAUAUGCAGCCAACACACAGUAUGGAUUUAAUAACUGGUCUCCACCAGCACAGAGCAAUGAAACUAGCAAUGGUUACUUUUUGGAGCGUUCACCCAGUGCUCGGUCUACCUUAGAAAAGGCGUACGAACUGUGUCCUGAAGAUGAGCCAGAACCAGAAGAAUGUGAAGAGGCAGAGGUUGCAGUUCCAGAAGAAGUGGCUCCUCUACCCCCUGUCUCCGAUUCAGGACAACAGCAGCCGCCUGGGGUAAAUCAACAACCACAACCGCAGCAGCAACAACCACCACAACCGCAGCAGCAACCACAACCGCAGCCGCAACCACAUCAGCAACAACUUCAGUCUCAGCAACAGCCACAGCCACAGCAGCAGCAGCAGCAACAACUUCAGCAGCAACAGAAAUUACCACCUACCUCAGGACCACAACCCUCUAGUUCACAAUUAAAUUUUUCAUCUAAAGAUUUCCCAGUGAGCUCUCAAAAUCGAAGUCAUAGUGGUGGAUCAAUAACAGUCAGCAGUGGUACUGGUGGUGGCUCUGGAAGUAUUGAAGUUAGUUCUGCAAAUAAUGGCUCUACCACCAUCACAACUACAGCCACCACAACCACAACUUGCAUAGGGACACCAUCUACUGCUAGUACCACCACAGCUAUAAAUGCUAACAGUAACCAAGGAGGACCACAGUCAGCAACAACAACCACUAAUGCUAACAUUACCAGUACCACCAGCAGCAGCAGCAGUAGCAACAGUAGUAAUAGUAGUACCAUCAACAGUAGCACCAGCAGUGCAAGUGGCACAAAUAAGACCACUCCAUCCCCUCAGUUAACUCCAAAUUCCCAGCCCUCUGUGCAGGAUAAUACCCAGGAGAAUUAAUUUUGUGUAUGGAUUACAAAGUGACAGUUUGGGGAAAUAUAAUUUAUAUUAUGGAGACCAAAAUGAUAUAGAUUGAUGAGCUUCAAAUAUCAAAGUUGUUUGGUAAUGCAUUGCUACUGUACUUGGUAUGAAGAGGAAGGUCACAGUGAAGGAAGUCAUCACAUUAAAAAAAUCUUGUAUAAUGAAGAUGUGAAGAUUCUCAUCAUUAAUUUAUCGGAAUCUAUUUAAGGAUAAUCCACUGCAUGAUUCAUAUUUUUAGCGGUGGAUAUCAGUGGUUUACAGUGGAUGUUCUGUUAUUUAUCAUGGAAAAAUAUAUAUAUAUGAUUGUAUAUAAGUGCGUGGUAGUGAAUUGUAUUGCUGAGAAGAAUGUUCUUUCUGCUCAAAGUGAAUGUUGGGACCCUCCUUAUAUUUCAUGUGACUGGUGACCACAAGUUCACAGUAGAACUUUGAUGUGGAAAGUCAAGUGAAUAUGUCACCAGGGAUAAACAUGUGUGGAAACUACCAAGUAAGGCAAGUCUGAGUGAACCAUAGAGGGUGGGAGUUUAAGGAAACCAUAUACCUACUGACAAUUAUGGAAGUCAAAUGAAUACCUGUAUUGUUGCACCCUGAUUUCUGUAGCAAAUGGCUUUUAAAAUUCAGUCUUUGAAAUUCUUUUUUGGAAGUUAAAAAAUCUCUUAUAUAUGUUGUAUUCUUAAAAAUCUCCUUUUUUACUGAGUAAUAUCCUUCUAAAAAAUACACUUCCAAUAAUGUGCUUAAUUCAGUAUUUACUUAACAAAUCUUACUGUGUACGUACUGAAGACUCCACAAGUGACUAGUCAAGCAGUGAGUAGCGGAAGCUCCUGAACCAGUCUGCUGUUUUCUCUCAGCCUAUGUAGGCAGCACCUGCCUGCUGAACCCGAACAUCGUUAACAAAUGGUUUUGCAUUCAGGUGUCACAGUGCAGUGUACAGGUGUUGCAGAACCACACAUUGGCCGUUUAGUUAGCAAAGCACCAUGGCCCCUUUUAGCCAAGUGCCAACACCAUGUGAGCCACCUUUGAAGAUGGAACAGCACUGUGAGCCUCCUUGCACAUCACCUGCUAUUGCAAAGUGCAAUGUUUUAAGAAACAUAAAGACUCACGAGUUGUUUAGUGAAUUUUUUUAGUGGGAUUGAGGCAGUGCCUGUGAAUGAAAUAUCAGUUAACCUUUAAAAAAAAUAUUUUAGGAACAGUGAGGCUCAAAGCUUGAAUUCCGUGUUAGGGUUCCAUGGUUAAAUUUUGUGGUAUGCUUGGAUUCUGGCAAAUACUGGCAUGGAAUUUGUUUUUCUGCUGUUGAUGCCAUGGUUUGGAAAAUGAGAGCUGUGUAAGAAUCCAUAUCCUAGAUACAUUUGAUACUCCAACAUUAUCUACAAUUGAAUAUUACUCUGCUGACCAGCAUUUCAAGUCACACCCUGCACCAGUUACCCGAGCAUCUUUUUUGCCCGGGAGUAAUGCGACUCUUGUAUCAUUGUGAGCAGUUAAGUUGUUAUAACCUUUAGGUAGGCCUACAAUAUGAACUGUAUUUCUUGAUCCCAUCUCAUAGGGAAUGCAUUACUAAUUAGGAUCUGCCAGAGGUUUUAAUGACAUCAAAGCUCACAAUUCCCGCUUGUUGUCUGUGAGCCAUGUGCUGCUGCCAAGGUGUAACCACCUGUUGUUGUGACUUAAUAAGUUUUUUUGUAUGGAAACUUUUGUUAGUUCCCCAUUUCUAUUAAUGAUAAAGCAGUUUGGAGUGGAACUAGUGGUAGCAGUCAGACACCAUCUUUAGGAGCUGAUCCAGCCUCGUGCAUCCGCUUGUUACUGUCUUGUUUGCCUACUAAUGUAUUAUAGGUUUCCCACACAGAUGCCUUUUUUGUUUUAAGGACCUCAAGUUUGAAUACUGGAAUAAAUUGCUAUUGGGAAGCGAGUGGCUGUUAUGGAAAUUCUAAACUUAUAUAUUACACAUAUUUGAUACUUGAAUGAAGGUAGAUGGGGUUUGUCAAUUGGUUAUUUUUUUUAUUACAUAUUUGCUGCCACCAACUGUGAUUAUAUGAAAUUGUGAAGACAUGUAAACAAUGUAUGAUGUAGUAUUUUCAUGUUACUACCUUGUCAAUAAUUGUAAAGCACCAGAGAAUACUUGUAUAUCACUGUAUAAGAUAUAAUUUAAUUGAAACUAAGCACUUUUUUAUUGAAAUAAUUUAACAGAUUUAUUUUUAUGCCAGUACCCUUUUUUCUUCAACAUCAUGCUUUUGUGUCUAAAAUAAAACCAGUGCUUAUUUUUCUCUUUCAUUUGUGUUAGGAUUCACAUUAAUUUAUUACUGUAUGGCUGAAUAUGCUAAAAUAUAACUAAAAAAAGAUUU